CGAGAGGCGGGUUCCCUGGUUAUGAAGCAGGGAUGAAUGGUUCGGAGCGCGGCCCAGCCCCAGGUGAGGAGGAUGGUGGGGAGCCCGAGGAAGAAGGGGAAGAGGAGGAAGAAGAGGUCGCUGCUGGGGAUGUGGAUGCCGAGACUGCGCCGGGUGGGCGGAAGGUUCGUGGUGGGCGGAAAGCCCGGGGUAGGCCGCGCCUCACCGAGUCUGACCGGGUACGACGACGCCUCGAAUCCCGCAAGAAAUACGACGAGCGGCGAGUCUACCUGGGCGAGUCUCACGGCUCGUGGGUGGACCUGAGGCAGCAAAGUGGCUGGAGUGACGCCAAGCUGGCGGCUUAUUUACUGGAACUGGAACGAGAACAGCGGGCCGGGCGCCGCGGAAAACCAUGGGAGCAGAUCCCUUAUGAACCACAGCAAAAGAAAAGAAGAAGGCGAAAUGUGAACUGCCUGAAGAACACCGUCAUCUGGUAUGAAGAUCACAAGAAUCGCUGCCCUUAUGAGCCUCAUCUCUCUGAGCUGGAUCCCAACUUUGGGAUGUACACCACAGCUGUGUGGCAAUGUGAAGCAGGGCACCGCUAUUUCCAGGACUUACACUCCCCACUUAAACCACUCAGUGAUUCUGAAAAUGAAUGUGACAGUGUUGCCAAUGGCACUGAAGCUGGAAGCUCUGAGUCUUCAGAAGAGAACUCUAGCUCUGAGACAGAGGAACAGCUCGAGAAUCAGAAAGACAAACCCCAGGUUCGACAGCCCUCAGCAAAUACAGAAGGAGAAAAUACCAGUGGCCUCAUCACACAAGAUGGCAUUCAUAUUCCAUUUGAGAACUUACGAGAAGAACAGAGUGCUAGCAUGUGCCACAAUACAUCCCUCAAUGGACCAGAGACAAUGGAAGCUGUGGUAUGCAUGCCAGUGCCCAUGCAGAUGGGUUCAGGUCACGGAACACUGUUUGAAAACGUUUCACAAGAGACACUUGGAGAAGUAGUAGCUAGCUGCCCUGUGCAAGAUAUGAUGCAAGGUUCACAGGUGAUCAUCAUUACUGGACCUGGUUAUGAUUCUCUCACAGCAGAGGGAAUCCAGCUGAAUGUCACCAGCACAGGAGAAGAGCUGCCUUGUGCUAUGAUUGAGGAUGUAGCACCUUAUACUCAAGAAGAGCCUGAGAAUGGAGAGCAAAGUAGCACGGAAAAUAUGGAAUACAUCAAAACCAAAAAAGAAAAAAAGGCAUUCUUUAAACUCAAAAAAGAAGGGCAUCCUCCUCCAACAGAAAUAGAAACAUCCUGUGACUCAAAACCAGCCCCUGAGAGCAGAGAGCAGGAACCAAAGCCUGAACCUGAGGAGGAGAUGGAAGGAAACAACAUGUCAUCCAUUAUUUAUGAGAUUCCAAAGGAGCCUGAAAAGAGGCGGCGGAGCAAAAGAGGUCAUGUCAUAGAUGCAGAUGGCAUGUUGGAGAUGUUCCACUGUCCUUAUGAAGGAUGCACCCAAGUCUAUGUAGCACUUAGUAGCUUCCAGAAUCAUGUUAAUCUUGUUCAUCGGAAAGGAAAAACAAAAGUGUGCUCACACCCAGGUUGUGGUAAAAAGUUUUACCUGUCUAAUCAUCUCCGAAGGCACAUGAUAAUCCAUUCAGGAGUCCGUGAAUUUACCUGUGAAACUUGUGGAAAAUCCUUCAAGCGGAAGAACCAUCUGGAAGUUCAUCGUCGAACACAUACUGGAGAGACCCCUCUCCAGUGUGAGAUUUGUGGCUAUCAAUGCCGUCAGAGGUCUUCUCUCAACUGGCAUAUGAAGAAGCAUACUUCAGAAGUCCAAUACAACUUUACUUGCGAGUACUGUGACAAACGUUUUGAGAAGCUGGACAGUGUCAAGUUCCACAAACUAAAGAGCCACCCAGACCAUAAGGCUGCCUGACCCUGAUCAUGAGUCACUUUAAUUAUUGUUCCUCCAAAUAACUAAACCAGUUGAGGGCGUAUCUUACAUAGUCACAGCUGAAAACAUGGUAUGUGCUACCCACAGCACAAGGGCCCAUUCUUCUGGUUAGGAUGAUACGGAGUAGAUUUUUUAAGACCAGAUGAUGACUGACAAAAACUUUUAAGUAUGAUAUGCAAGUGUGCUCAGGGUGUUCGGACAGCAUAAAUUAAAACAUCUUAUAACAAGAUUAGGGUGCUAAACUGACCUGUUUUUCAAGGGGAAAACAACAGCGGAAGUAAUAGUCAAGAGUGACUUUAUCCAAUUAAAGUAUCAGUACUUUGCUAUCCACUGGCAGCACCUUCUACAUUUUAGCCACCUGAUACUUGAUGUGAAGGAGGAGUGCAGUAUGAAAGGUCUAGUUGCAUAUCAUUUAACUAUGGAGAGACUACUUCCAAUGUAUAGUUGCAGGUUAGUUCAAGUGAAUGUUUUAUAUCUAUUGACAACAGUGAAAGAAAAUUAUUGGCUGAUAUGCAUUAAUUCAAUUUCCUUGAAAUAGUUGGUUGAACAUUGUCAUAUAUUGACCUAAGCAUGGUUCUGUUUCAGGAACUAUUUUCCCUUUUAACACUCAGGGCUAUUGCAUUUGAAGACAAUCCAGAGUUGGCAUUUAUCCCUGUUUUCUUGAAAUAUUGGUGUUUUGUAAAGCACAGAUUCCUAUACUGGGUAGACUUGGAUUCCAGCUGUAAGUUACUUUAUUAUUCUGGUUGUCUGUGGCCAUCCUCUAUAGUAUGCUAUAUUCAUAAUCUUGUUUGCAAAUAAGAAAUUUCUAAAAUUUAAUGCCAUCGGCGUAUUUUUAUUAUACUAUUAAAAAAACAUGGCUUUUGUCUUUAAAAUGCCAUUCAAUCCUUAGGUCUAAGUUAAAAAAUAUUAAAUGUGAAAAUUGAUGGAGAUUUUUUUUCUAUAGCUGAAAUUGACAUGGCUCUGUGAGAGCACUCAUAACUAGGUGUGUGUCAUUUCUUCACCACUACCACCACUCCUAAAAUAUCAUCUUUUUGAAGAACCUUUUUAUAUGGAAUUGUCAGCAGACAAAAUAGCUUAGGUGGGUCAGAAUUUUGUGGGGCCCCUCCAUUCUGGGAUGGAGGAGUAGGAAGAGCUCCUUUAUGUUAGUUUAGAUAGUUCUACUUUUAGAGAUUAUUUUGUGUGGCUGUUCUUGCCACGUUCCUCAAAGAUGUAUAAGCCAUUGGUGAACUGAAUUUAAAACUUGCCAAACUUUUGCUUCCUGUUUUCUGAACUUACAGGUGCUAAAAUGGAUGGACCUUCCAGAUACUGCAUUCCAGCUCCCCAUCAUGUCUUAGUAACCAUUGUUGCUCUUGGUGAAGGAUCAAGGCAAUGUGGAGGCAGCUCCAGAUAUUUCUUAUCAUUUUGAGAGAGAAGCUGGCUAAAUGAAAUUAGCUUGUCGUCUUGCACAUUUUUUUCCUUAGCCCAGGCAAGGAUCACCCUAAAAUCCAAAUAGAACCAGAUCAGAGUGGAAAGGCAAGUCUGGAGAGAUUCUUAAAGAAGCACAAUAGUGUGUUCACAGACAAAUCAAGGACCAAAGAAUGAUGAGCUCACUAUGCUCCUGAAGAGGCCAGCCACAGCUGCUGGUGAAACAUCAGGUCAGCAGAAAACUAGAUCACAGCCAUUCAGCCUGAAAGUUCAUCACUCCUUGAUUAAUGCUAGCUGUGAAAGCCUAUCAGCAGUAAAAUGGGGGUCAUUAUUUUUAUUGAAUACUUGAUCAGCAUUGGAAUACCCAGUAGGAAAAAGAAUUAUAUCCUUGAACAGAUGAGAAGCACCCUGGAGAAAGGAGACUCAAUACACAGUGGAAUUUGGUGAUUUUGAACCCUCUGUCAAGGUUCCAACUGACGAGCCCAACCAAGCCAGCAAGUCAAGACAAUCAGAUCUCUUUAAGCAUAACUUCAUUGAGUACAUCAUUUCGGCACGCAUGAAGCAAACCCAACUCUAGCUAGUUCCCAGUUUGGGGCUAAUUAAAGAAUGAAUUCUUUCCUUCCCACCUUUGACCAGGUCACAUUGUCCAAUUAAUUGUUUUGGUCUCUAUGGCCACUCCUUCAAGCUAUUGCCAAACGUCUUUUAAGAUUACCUUGGUUUCCAUGGGAUGAUUUGUUUGGGCUAACAUUCCAAACCUUCCCCCCCAAUAGUCUGUGGCAAACAGAGAAAUGAAAAGACAGCAACAGCAGGGCACAUUUUGAAGUUGACAGUCAGACCCCCUAGAAAGUCAGCACCUCGAAAAUAAGCACACAUUAGAUAUUUCAGGUGUUCCUUGGCUUCUGGGGAUAUUUCUUGUGAAAUUUCUGUACUGAUUUAUCUACUCUCAUGUUCUGUGCUUUUAUCCAUUGGAUUCUGACAUUGAGUACCUAGACUAGGUAUUGGAGUUUUCCCGUGUAUCGUCUGGAAUCCAGAAUCUGUUUAACUUUGUAAUGUUUCUCCCAAUGGCACCCUCCCUUCUCCCCACUAUGAUGAGGCCUGGGGUAAUCCUAGCCACUGAUCUUGGUUCAGACCCACCAUUGGCUUAAAUAAACUGCAGUGGAA